AGGACCCGCUUUUAAACCUCAGGGGAAAUCUCCAGUAGGGGUACGGGCUUUACUCGUUGUCCUCCCUUGCAAUAGAAUUUCCAUCGCGAUGAAACGCAUCAUACUCCCUCAGGUGGCGUUCCAACAGUCAUCACGGCCGUCCAAUCUCCACCAAGCAUCGCAUGCUCCCUUGCAAGCACCCAUCCUUUGGCCUUCUCGAACCUCCCCCAUUUUCGACCUUAGCCUGUGUCACCAGAGAGAUUCUCGAGGAGGAAAGCCCGGCGAGACUCAGGAGGCGGAGGAACUGGAGAUGGAAGCGGCGGCGGAGGAGAGCAGCCACCAGCUACUGCUGCGGAAGGCGGAAGAGGAGGAGGCGCUGUCGAUAGAGAGGCAGUUCGACGGGAAGCGGGUGCCCGCGCGGCGGGAGCAGCUGACGGUGCGGGCCUUCGCGGCGAGCGGACUCCUCGGGGUGAUGUGAAGCAUCAUUGUCAUGAAGCUUAAUCUCACCACCGGUACGAUCCCCUCCCUCCACGUCUCCGCCGGCUUGUUGGGGUUCUUCUUCGUGUGGAGUCGAGGGUCAAGGUUUUGGAGAGCGCCGGUUUUCUUAAGCAUCCUCUCACCGCCAGGAGAAUACCGUCAUCCAGAGUCCAGACCUGCGUCCUCGCCAC